UGAGUGUCCACCAAUUCAAUCUGUUCAUAGCGGAAAUGCUGCGCGCGUGUUGUCAUAGCGCUAUUUCGGAUUUGCGGUUCGCGAAACAUUCAAGGAAGUGCUCUGCCUGGACUAUAAAUUCUCGAGAAGCUGCCAGCACCCACACAGCUAAGUUCAAACGGUUCCUAGUACGGUACUGUAAAAACGAUAUUCUUUAAUCAAUCUCACAAAAUGCCUCGACGUGGUGGUGGUGGACGCUCUCCUUCGCCCAUGGGGGGUGCCCCUCGGCGUAGUAUGACCACGGCGGCCCCAGCGCGUCCCGCUGCGCCUCCUCCCGUCCCGGUGAAUCCGGCGGCUAAUGCGCCCAUGGCAUAUCCCGCCCAACGCCAGCCGGGCAUGUUGGGCCAGAUCGCAGGUACAGCGGCCGGUGUGGCCAUUGGUUCAGCGGUGGGGCACACCAUCGGUCACGCUCUGACGGGUGGCGGCGGCAGCAACCCCCGGGAAGAGGCGGUCUCGGGUACUAACCCGCAGCCAGUCGGUUCACCGGGCUACUACCAACAGCAAGCGGCCAUGACGCCCUCGUAUAAUCCAUGUGAACUGGAGAUGAAGCAGUUUAUUGAGUGCGCCCAACAGAAUUCAUCGGAUAUUUCCAUGUGCACGGGAUUUAAUGAGCUACUGAAGCAGUGCCGUGUUAGGAACGGCAUGCCGGCCUAAAUUCACUGUGCAUUUUCUUUCAGGAAUUUUGUCGUGUUUGUGCAGUUUAGACAAUUUGGGUUGUUAUUAGUUUACUUUGAUGUGUGCGACAGUAUAUUUCCUUUCGGUAACCAUUGCCGACAAGAUAAAGUUGAUUUGAACCAUUCGGGCGAACUUAAAUAAAGUGGAAUUGAUG